AUGGCCGGAACCAAUUAUAAACCACCCGAAUACCUCAGCAAACGUCCCUAUGAGUACUACGCAAUUACCGGCAUCAAAGCAGGGACGGUGCCUGACCAGAAGAAAGCUCCAAUCCGUCAAGAAAUUGACGAAUGGAGCAACAACAAGGCAAAUGCCGAUCAGGUAGACUUGUUUGUGAUGGCAUGGCGUAAUUUGAUGAAUACGUCUCCGAGAGAGAGAGGCUCCUUUUUCCAAGUUGCUGGGAUCCACGGCCAACCAUACGUUCCAUACGAUGAGCCAGACACCGACUUGGCAGAUAUCAAAGACAAGGGGUAUUGCACUCAUAACAAUAUCCUUUUCCCAAUAUGGCAUCGUCCGUAUCUUGCACUGUUGGAGCAACUCCUUUACGAAAACAUGAUCUCGGAUAUCAUCCCUAAGUUCCCAAAGGAUAAGCAAGCCGGACUCAAGGAAGCUGCGGAUUCCUGGAGACUUCCAUUCUGGGAUUGGGCCAUCAACCAUAGAGUUCCCACACUCGCCAAAUACCCGACAACUACUAUCCCAACCCCCAAUGGAAAACGAGAGAGAGUGGAAAACCCUCUCUACCAAUUUAAAAUGUCAACAAACGAGCCAUUUCUAUCCGAAGGAUUCGGACCUUGUAUCGGAACCAGUAGAAGCCCUGAUAUUGAAGAUAGCCAAAAUCCUGAAUCCGAAACUUGGAAAAACGGUGUGGUAAACAACAACCAGGUCGGGAUUGCGCUCAAAAGCCCAGGUUGGAUGGGAGAUGGAAAAUACGGAGCCGCUUCCGAAAUGGUGUACCGUUUGCUCACACACCCCUUGGAUUACCCUUCCUUCGCUACCACUUUCCGUGCUAAAGGACAAGAUGACAUCAGCAAAGAUAUCAAUCUCGAAUAUAUCCAUAACAACGUCCAUGGCUGGGUGGGAGGUAAUUAUACUGGGCAUAUGUCAGAAAUUCCCGUGGCAACAUUUGACCCUCUUUUCUGGCUUCACCAUUGCAACAUUGAUCGGAUGUGGGCUAUCUGGCAGGCUUUGAAUCCAGACAAAUGGUUCGAAACUGCAGACAAGAACACUUUCUUUCAAGAGGCCAUUGGACUUGCAGAUACCAUCACGCCGCAGACGAAACUUCGUCCCUUCCAUACGGACACAAAGGGCACUUGCUGGACCCCUGAGGGCGCUAGAGACGUUUUGAACUUUGGCUAUACGUAUCCCGAAUUACAAACAUGGGACGCGAAAUACAAUGCCGGAGGGGCGUAUAACAGGGACCUACAUGUGACUGAUAUCAGGAAAAUAAUCAACGAAAAGUAUGGAGCUUCACGAACUGAAUUGCUGAAGAACCCUGCCCUCGGCGACAAGACAGAUGAUGGAGUUAAAUCAAACGACUUUGCAUUUAGCGUCCGAUACAAGAAGUAUGCAUUGGGUGGAAAUCCCUUCACUAUCAAAAUCUAUCUAGCUCCAGGCGAUGGGAAGCCCAGAACCCCAGAAAGUGACUAUGUUACUGAGGUUUACAAUUUCAGCUUCCCGUCGAUUGUCGAUGGGAAGGAAGUCUGCAGUAACUGUACUUCCGUAGAAGCAACUGAUUCGAAGGCCACCUCCUACCUCUCGAUUACAUAUGUUCUUGUGCAAUGUGUUAAGAGGGGGAUCCUGGCAUCUUUGGACGAAGCUACUGUUACCAAAUUUCUCCAGAAAAAUUUGUACUGGAGACUUUACCAGCGUGGAAGGGAACUGGGCAGGUUCGAGAUGGAAAAAAUUGAGCUUGAAGUUCUUGGCUCCUUCAAUACCGCCCAGCACCACAAAGAUGCAACCAUACUGUCCGGAUUUAAAGGCUUCCGCGAUAUUCCAUCACUUGCAGGUGGCCCUGAUGGGGCUCUCGAUCCAAAGCUGAAGAAGAAACCAGCGCCGCCACCAACCAACCCUCCUGCUCCUCCAUCAGCAGGGCUCCAUCUGAAUAGCUCGCUCGACCUUAAAUCCGACCUCACGGCUGACGGUGUGAUAAUUCUCGACUCUACCUCAGUGGACUUGAACCAGAUUCAGACAGACACCAUCGACAACACCCAGGUGACCUUCAAGAAUGGAAACGAUACCUUGUUCUUGAUCUCCUUCCGUCGUGCAGAGGGCCAGAUCGUAUUUAACACCAACUUGGGAGGCAAAUGGGGUCCAGAGGAGAGAGUCAGCCUCGAUGGCAAAUUGAAACACCCUCAGGCCGCAAUCAUGGUGCAUGAUCAAGGUGAAGGAUUCGAGGUCAGCAUUGAUUUCGUUCACGUGGCUUGGUUCAAAAAGAGAGAUCCCAGGCCUAUCAAGACCUUGCGGUACGGGACGAAUAAGAAUCAGAAGCCGGUGCUGGCUGAUGUCUUGAAGGUGUCAGUGUAUCCCUCGAUGCAGAAGGUUUUCACUCGUUAA